CAGUGAGCCCAGCCUGGGAGCAGAGCCUCUGCAGACAGAGCAGGAGACAGAAAUGUCAAUUGCCACUUGUUCUGUUCAACCUGAUUCCUCCAGACCUGAAGUGGGAAUAUCUGGAAUGGAGCUAAAUCUCCAUCUGUGCUUCAUGCAUGCAAAUCACAGUCUGUGCAGGUGGAACUUGGUUUUCAUCCUGUGGAUCUCCAUGACAUUGGUGUGCUCGGGUUUCCCAGUUGGCCCUUCCAUGAGCACCAACCCUUUUUACCUGACCUGCCAGCUGCAUGGGAGAUGGGAUUCAUGCCUGGUGCUGCUGAGCAGCUGCCUGUCCCAGGUGGGCAGGGGUGAGGAGCUGCCCCUUGGGAAGCCUCUCCUGGAGUCCCCUCUCCACAAAAGGUCCUUCCGCAACGGCGUCGGAGCGGGAAUUAAAAAAACUUCCUUCCGAAGGGCAAAGUCCUGAGCAAGUGUCCCAAAGGCCGGCCCAGGGUUUGAGAUCUGAUGUUCCAGUCGUUGCUUUCAGUUCCUUUUGAUGCUUUUCUCUGGCGAAGCCACCUCUGGCAGAGUCCCCAGGUGUCGCUUUCCGAGCGGAGCAGACGGCAGCGCUCGGGAAGGGCUUUGUCCCCAGAGUCACACCGGCGCAAAGUUUUGUCUCGAAAUGAAUGUUUUCAUUUGCUUAAUUUCCCUCCUUUGUCAGGCUCCAGGUUUUAAUCAAGCUGCUCUUUGAUUCAGCCAAAGAUAAUCCCGUGCUUUGAGGAGAUGCGUGCCCGCAGCCCGCGGGGAGGACGGAGUAUUCCCAAAAUCCCUCCUCUCUGCCAGGCACGAGGCAUUCCUCUGCUUUCCCAUCCCAAAUCACAUUUACUUGAAGGCAACUGGUAAUUUAAAUACAAAUUUAAAGUACACUUCAUUUCAGGUUUCCAGUGACACGGAGGGCCACUGGUGAAAGGAUCAGGCCCCACUUGUAACUUCCACCGGCAUUUUAAUAAAGUUAUUUAAAAUGACUUUGGCAGGAAAUAGUCUCUGGGGAUGUCUCAUCUCAUAUCCAGAAGAAUCUUGGGAAAUCACUCUAAGGCAGGGUAUCAGCACCUCUCCCUGUGCCUCAAUUAAUUGCCUUAGGUAGGCAACACCCAGAUGAUGAAAUGUGCCAAAUCUGGGAAAUCUGGGAUUUUUUUUUUUUAAUUUCCUGUUGGAAAAAAAAAAAUAGAACAAGGAAAAGGUAAUUUGAUGUGAAAUAUGUAAAUAUGGUGUGGAGGAAAGGUCCCCUGAUGAGUUACACAUGUGUGAGUUCUACUUGUGGCUGUGUCCCCUGA